AUGACAAUAGAGGAGGAGAGGAGGAAUGAUGGACAGGACGUGCCAUUGGACAAUCGAGGCGCAUAUCAUGGUGAGGCAACACUCGCCCCACCAGACGACUUGCACCACCGAUCGAUAAUGUACUUGAGGACACCAUCAGACGACUAUCUACACUAUGAGGACAUGACUAAUGGACAAAAGUUCCUCGAGAAUGUAUUCGGAUACACAGUGGCAAACAGGAAGGCAAAGAUACCGUCUGGCUACGACGUGGCAUACACCGAGAGUGGACAGCCACACUUGGUGCCAACGAUGGCCGAAGCCAUGGACGCAACAGACAUCGCGGCGAUGAACGAGCACGUGAACCACGGUCUGACCAUGCGCUGUUCAAUGCGCCAGAUCGAGGAGACCUUUGGCACGGGCAUCUACCUCUACUUUGACUUUGUCAAAUUCUGCAAUUGGACCAACCUGCUGCUGUUGGCCGUCGUGUUGGUCAACGUCGUGCCACAUCUCUACUAUGAGGACACAAUCGGUCAGUUCAAGGGCUUCCGCGCCAUCGACUACGUGAUGGUUGCCAUCAACUUGCAGUCCUAUAUCGACGCGCGCUCACGAGCUUUUUACUACUGGAGCUCGGUGGCGGCCAUUGGUCUCACAUUCCUCAUGGGUCCAGUCUACGCACUCAAAGUUCAUCGAUAUUUCAAGAAUCGCAACCUGACCGACUUUGAAGAUGGCUUUGACGACGACAACGAGAUCAAGGGAAACCAGUUGGUGUCACGCACAUCCCGUCUAGUCCGCUUCAUCACCUCUUACGCAAUAUUUGUAAUACUAAUCAUAUCAUCAGCCGUAUGCAAUCUCUAUGUCAUACGCAUCAUCAACUCUCAUCCAUUCCUCACUGGACUACUGACUACAUCACUUGUAUCAUCGAUCGUCAUUCGAUUCUUCAAUGUUAUAUAUGACUUUUUGUGUUUGUACUUGACAAAGCUGGAGAAGCAUCGCACUUGGACCAACUUCCGUACACACAACACACUGAAACUCUACGUGUUCAAGGUGGUCAACGUAUUGGUACUAUACCUACUCCGCAGUUGGGUAUUCUCAUCAUACACCUACGAGAUCAUAUACGACGCAUGUCCACUUGUAGACGUUGGAUCACAAUUCCUCCUUAUCCUAUUACUAGACUUGACUCUGCAGAACGUUUGGGAGAUUGUUUACUCAUGUGGAAUGGCUGCGAUUGGAAAGUGCAUUGGCAAGCGUGGCAAGAAGUCCACGGAUAGCUAUAGGCCAGAGUUUGACUUGGCAGAGGAGUAUCUGGAGAUAUUGUACAGACAGCUGAUAGUGUACCUCGGUUUGACGAUCUAUCCACUGGUGGCACUGCUCGGUGUGCUGUGUGGCAUCGUAGAGAUAUACGUUGACAAGUUUAGAAUGCUCAAGGUGUGUCGUAGACCACACCGCAUACAUGGCUCGAUGAAGAAAUUCCUCACCAUGUACCUUUUAAUGACGGCUGCUGUUGCUGUGGCCACCUUCCCCUACGGCUCUGGCUGGGUACUCUUUGAGAUGGGUCUAGAGCGCGGUCAACUACACGACAAAUGUCCAUUCCUGUUCUCACGUCAAGAGGGUUCCCAUUUGAUCAUCCCAUUGACCAACACGACAAUCCCAAUAUAG